CUUGUAGCGCACUCUGUGUGGACCGUGCUCAUAUGUCACAAAUCAUGUUGUUCCGCGGAAUGAAAGAUACAAAAAAAAAUAACGUGGGAUGGUGGCACACGGGACAACGCCCAAUAUUACACAUUUUGUGUAUGACGAACUGCGGGCUUCUUUGCAACACAAUAGCCUUACUGACCUUAACACUGUUUCUAGCAAGCUUUGUAUUUCUUAUCUUGACAAUAAUGUGCACUACUUGUUGUAACGCGCUCUGUAUGGAACGCGUUUACACGUCAUACAUUAUGUUGUUCCGCGGCAAAUUGGCGCGUCUAUGAAUGAGAACAAAAUACAAAGAAACCUGUGGGAUGGUGGCACACCGGCCAACGCCCAAUAUUACACAUUUCGUGUCUGACGAACUGCGGGCUUGGCCUCAACGUAAUAUAUAAUAGCCUUACUGGUGGUUUUAACACUCUCUAGUCGUGCUCAUCAUUGAAGAAUACCGGCUUCGCAGAUUUUUCUCGGCACUUAAUUGACAUUGGGAAUGACAAUGGGCGUUUCGAUUACCGCAUUUCAAUCAGCUACGUGUAUUUGCAGUCCCUUGCGUGAGGUUUACAAGUGUAAAGUAACGGAUAUGUCAGUGUUAUAUUACCAUAUUUAAUAACCAGUUUUUAACCGGUCCUUCAGACGCCGGCAGCGCUCAACGCGUGUUUUCCUUCCAUUCAGGCAUGCAAGUUUCAAAUUGUCGAGCCUGCAAAUAUGAAGAAAAGAAUUUGUGCGAAGCAAUGGUCGCAGUUUAAAUCUGAUGGUGCAAGCAGAUCGCCUGUAAUGGUAAAUAUUUUUAAUCAAUUCGUAAAAAUAGAAAAAAAAUGAAUUGAAAAAGUUCCUUCAUAUCAUAUUCAGCUGCAAAAGCACGCGGCGGAGGUCGCAGGAGUCUUCGUUACUAUAUUCUAUAAAGUAACGGUGAAAAUUAACACUCCGCUUUCAGCCAUUUAUUAGGGCUUGUUCAUAUCCCUAGCUCAACUUCUUCGGAGCUCCUGCUGCUUCACCAUCUCAUCCCGCUGAUGCUUUAGGAACACUACAUUUUCCAGAGCUUCUAUUUUCAUCACUCUGGAGGUGGUACGUACGGCUGCGCCAAAUAUAAAGUACCGGCGAAAACACUCCGCCUUUAGCCAUUUAUUAGGACUUGUUCAUAAUUCCUAGCACUUCCUCUUCGGAGCUCCUGCUUCUUCAUCGUCUUCUCCCGCCGAUCCUCUAGGACCACUACAUAUUUAAAUUACCUGCCAGGGGCAGCAAGAUUCACUCCGGUUAAAAUCACCCACUACAAGUACCCGCUACCCGUUACAAGUAUAUCUGAUAUAUCUGCACCUAUAACGAAAUCACACCAUUCCGUAUUCAGUGUGGCACGUUGAAGCUGGACACGCGUAAAAUGCUGCACUUUUGAGUGUGUGUCCUUUUUUUUUUUUUUUCGUACUUCUCGCGAGUGAAGGGUUCCUUGACACCAGAGCAGUCAAGACGGGAUGCAAGCAACAAGAAAAGACGAAAGGCCGGCUCCCGGAAAAUGGGAUGUGCACCGCCGAAACCGGACGUGGGUCUAGGGGCACGGUUGCCAAAAGCACCGCCGGCGGAAUUUUGUUGCUGUUGAUGUUUCCAUGACAACGGUCAAGCUCUGUCGGUGCGUCACCCCCAUUUUCCUUUGUUUUUUUUCUUGGGAGGGAGGGGGGAGGAGGGGCUAGCGCGUAACUUGUAUCUCUUUUAGAAGAAACACCGGCUCGGCGUGGUGUUAGAACCUCGAAUCUUGCGGCUCAUCUGACUACUACUGACCACUGUGCUGCUGUUCCAGAUUAAAUGUGAAGGUGUGAAGUAGCACAAACCACACGAGACAAGACAUUGCACAGGGCUUCAAACAGCGGGUACACAGGUGUGCGUCAACUGUAGGUCCCGUAUUGCAUAAAGUUACUAUUAUGCCUAUGCCGUAUUGUUUGCUAAUGCAAUGCCUAAUAGCAUGCAUAUGCAUGUACACCGCUACCAGCUGGUUACACGAAAGACAAGUGAGUACGGUUGAGCCAGCGCCUGGUUGCGCAUGGAAAUUUAAUAAAACUUUAUUUUUUAAAGAAAGAAAACUUACAAUAUUAUGCCUGAGAAAAAAAAAAAGCUCUUUUUAAAUAGUGUUGUCGUACAAAGAUUAAGCGUCCACCAACAAUGACAAAACGAUGAUGGCGGCGCCCUGCGCUAAAUUUUGUGGCGACAAAAUGCGGCAAAAUAGAACGACAUUUUCGUCGUGGUGGUAAUCGCGGUGCGAGUGUGGCACAUUAACGAGGCACUCAAUGACGGGAAAGAGUUAUUGUUCUUGCGCGACUAGAUAGUCGCGAAGAAAGCACGCAAGCAUGGCGAUCGAGCACCUCGUAAUGCUCAGCGGCAGUAGCGACGACAACCUGCUACGUGUACCGCAAAACACUCUCGUGGCACUGUUCGCGUUCGCCUACUGCGAGGUGGACGGUCUCCGCGUCGUUCUAGUGCGAGGUGACGCAGCCGCCAACGACGGUGGCUGCAGCCGUGAGCUACUCUUCGCUUUGCCUCGCGGCGUCCUUUCGAGGCUCAAAUGCAUCGAGGCGAGCGACUCGCCGACACCCCAAGAGCUACUCGACUGUGAUCCCCCCGCCGUCUAUCUGCCCGACAAGACCACCGCGACUUGCAUCGGCGGACUCGCGGGUGUCCUCCGAUGGGCGCUGGGUCAGUUCGGCAGUCGAACCCGGGACCCCGAGUGCAAGGCGCUGCUGGGCUUCCGCGGCGGCUGCCUCGCAGCCUGCUCGGAGUCUUCCCUCUGGACUCGCUUCUGCGAGCUCGACAUACAGAGGGUCGUCCCGAAACUCCGAACGCGUUGCUCUGGCAGCGGGUCCGAAGCUACACUGCGGCUUCCCGAGGAGCUGCUCCUGCUCGAGGCGCACAUGCGACAGCCGGUGAAGACGCACAACGUUCGGAGAAAGCAGCAGCAAGUGUUUCGAGCGUCGCGCCGUGAGGGAGCGGGUAGCGAUCACGUCGACGGCUCGCCCGCAAAGCGCGAGCCGACCGACGGUAAACUGCCUGAACUGGAACACCGGUUCGUCGAGGGUUUCGACCAGACGCUAGCCGACGUGGUGCUCUUUCCCGUCGUUCACCUCAUAUUCACCGAGCUGGCCGCCGUUACGAGUCGAGACGCAAUAUCCGAAAGGCUGCCGUUCACUUUCAGGUGGUACGAAACGAUGUAUGCGCAGGCGCAAACUCGCCUCGCCUUGGACGCUCUUGAACUGAAACGCGUGGAACAGGUCGAGCGAGUUGAGUGCAGCAGGUUCAUCGAAGAGUCGGAGCUCCCGAAGGACAGCCUCUACUCGUCUCACCCGGCCCGCACGAAGCCUCGGAUUCGGCACAAGAACCCAGAAUCGAUCAUCAGCUCGCUCAGGGAGGCCCGCAUAACGCCGGACUUGAAGCCCAACCCUGGGGAAGGCUCCCUGCCUCUGCCCUGGGACGAGUUUCCAGAGAAAGUACACCCUCUCGGAGGAGGCCUUCCACAAACCAGGCUCCUACGCAAGUGUCAGCAGAUCGAGAACCUUGUUGUCCUGGCUCUCCAACAAGCCUUCGAUGGCUGCACGAUCGUUGACUUCUGUUCCGGAGGAGGUCACGUGGGCAUCGUCCUGGCCUACUUGCUCCCUGACUGCCGGGUAGUGAUGAUCGAGAACAAAGAAGAGUCGAUGCACCGUGCACGGGAGAGGGUCAGAUCCCUGGGUUUACGAAAUGUCAUCUUGUAUCAGUGUAACAUGGACUACUACGUCGGUGAUUUCGACUUGGGCGUCUCCUUGCACGCAUGCGGUGUUGCUACUGACUUGGUUUUGCAGAAGUGCAUUGAACGCAAUGCGGCUUUUGUGUCAUGUCCCUGUUGCUACGGUGCCAUGAAGGCAACGGAGAGCAUCACCUACCCUCUCAGUCGUGCCUUCAGAGACAUGGGCAUCUCCAAAGAGGACUACACACUGUUGUGCCACUAUGCCGAUCGGACUGAGCGCGACACGCCAACGUGCCAGCAAGGCCAUUAUUGCAUGGCUCUGGUGGACCAAGACCGGGCAAUGGGAGCGGCCGAAAGCGGCUAUGAAGUUAUUGUGACGCAGAUGGUACCGCACGAUUGCUCGCCCAAGGGACUCGUAUUGGUCGGCAAACGGACAUCUAAAGUGUGUUGAAAAUUCACACUGCCAGUUUUCGAGCACACCUUUUGAGUUGUGUGGAGAUACCAUUGCAUACUCUUAGUGCAUAUGGGUUCAGUAGGAAUAGAAGGCUUGCAUGGAAUCGUCCAUUUCAUUGUUGUUCACUGUGAUCGGCAAAUGCACACUGGUAUAAUUGUUACAGCCUCAGUCAAACUGUGGCUACACUUCUGAAUCAGCAGAAGUCAGGUGAAUCAAAGUGAGUUGUUUAGUAAGUACUGCAUGUUGAAGUUACAUCAUGUUUUUUGUGAAAAAGUCUUCUGUGAUGUUUAAUACAUGGAGCCAUUCUUUGUA